CCAGAAAAGCCGAGGAGGCAGCCUCGCUGUGCUCCUGCUGCUGCUCCGCCCUUCCGACCGAUCGAGGUGGCGCAAAGCAGAGGAAAACCCCAGGCCGCAACCCUCGCAAACACUCAAGUCCUCGUCCCUUCCGCACUCUCCUCUUCAACUCCAGCCGCUUUCACCGCCAAUCAGAGGUCCACCACCACCACCACCACAUCUCUUCGCAUCCAACCGCCCCGUAGGAUCACAGGAAACGGGGAUGGCGAGCGGCGGGGCGGUGAGGGAGGUGGGCUCGGCCGCCGAGCUGCAGGCGGCGGUGGCCGGGGCGCGGGCGGCGGCGGUGCACUUCUGGGCGUCCUGGUGCGAGGCGUCCAAGCAGAUGGACGAGGUCUUCGCGCACCUCGCCGUCGACUUCCCCCACGCGGCCUUCCUCCGGGUUGAAGCUGAAGAACAACCUGAAAUAUCAGAGGCGUAUGGAGUUACAGCGGUGCCAUAUUUUGUUUUCUGCAAGGAAGGCAAAACUGUCGAUACUUUGGAGGGAGCAAACCCAGCCAGCUUAGCCAAUAAGGUUGCAAAAGUAGCUGGGCCUGCUAGUGUUGCUGAGUCUGCUGUACCUGCUAGCCUUGGAGUUGCUGCUGGACCUGCUGUACUUGAAAACAUCCAAAAGAUGGCACAGCGAAAUGGAUCUUCUGCUGUUGAAAGCAUAAGCUCUGGUAGCACAGAAGAUGCAUUGAAUAAGCGAUUGGAGCAGCUUGUCAAUUCCCAUCCCGUGUUUUUAUUUAUGAAGGGAACCCCAGAGCAACCAAGGUGUGGUUUCAGCCGUAAAGUGAUUGACAUUUUGAAGCAGGAAGGGGUGAAAUUUGGGAGCUUUGACAUUCUUACAGACAAUGAUGUUCGCGAAGGCAUGAAGAAAUUCUCCAACUGGCCCACUUUCCCUCAACUCUACUGCAAAGGUGAGCUGCUUGGUGGAUGUGAUAUUGUUGUUGCUAUGCACGAAAGUGGUGAAUUGAAGGAUGUUUUUGAGGAGCACAACAUUACCCUUAAACCACAGGGAAGCAAAAAUGAAGAAGCAGGUGAACCUGAGUCUGCAACUGAGAAGGGCAGUGCAGUUUCUGAAUCAAUCAAGCUUACUGAUGCUCAGAAAACUCGUUUGGAAAGCCUUAUUAACUCCAGCCCGGUGAUGGUAUUCAUCAAAGGUACACCUGAGGAACCAAAGUGUGGGUUCAGUGGGAAGCUGGUUCACAUACUUAAGCAAGAGAACAUUCCUUUCUCCAGUUUUGACAUCCUUUCAGAUGAUGAAGUUAGACAGGGGCUGAAGGUCUUCUCAAACUGGCCUAGUUACCCUCAACUGUACAUAAAAGGUGAACUGGUUGGCGGCUCAGACAUAGUGAUGGAGAUGCAUAAGAGUGGUGAGCUGAAGAAGAUACUAUCUGAGAAAGGGGUUCGUCAAAAAGGAAAUCUGGAGGACAGAUUGAAGUCCCUGAUUUCCUCUGCCCCGGUGAUGCUUUUCAUGAAGGGCACCCCAGAUGCUCCACGUUGCGGCUUCAGUUCGAAAGUUGUGAACGCCUUGAAGAAGGAAGGGGUCAGCUUUGGGUCCUUUGACAUCUUAUCUGACGAGGAAGUUCGACAGGGUUUGAAGACAUACUCCAACUGGCCUACCUUCCCCCAACUCUACUACAAGUCGGAGCUGAUUGGUGGCUGUGACAUCAUUCUUGAGAUGGAGAAGAGCGGAGAGCUGAAGUCGACCCUGUCAAUGUAGACACCUAACCUAGCAUUCUUGCCUCGCUGGCGUUCCUAUCAUAUUGCCUGCAUUGGAUCAUUCUACUAUGACGUUUGUGCCAAUGUAUUCAUAGAUCCACGUUUGGUGCCUGCAGUGCCACAUUGCUAGAAUCGUGACAUCUGCAGAUGGAAUAACUUGAGAGCUUGUUCGGUACUGAUUGCUCUUUUAUCACCAGUCUAUUUAGCGGAUGAGAGUUUUUUUUGUUCGGGUAUUGUCACGAUAUAUUGCAGAGUAUGAGUAAUUGUGUGU